AUGACUGGUAAAGGGCAGGGUAAGGGAAAAGGGAAAGCAUCGGGUAAAGGGGUUUCUAGAUCUGCAAGGGCUGGUCUUCAAUUUCCCGUUGGUAGAAUACACAGGCAUCUUCGUAAUGGCAAUUAUGCUUUUCGUAUCGGCAGUGGUGCCCCCGUUUACUUGGCUGCCGUUCUUGAGUACUUGACUGCCGAAAUAUUAGAGCUCGCUGGGAACGCUGCUCGUGAUAACAAAAAGUCAAGAAUCAUUCCUCGACACAUUCAAUUGGCUAUUCGUAAUGACGAAGAAUUAAAUAAGUUACUUGGUCAUGUUACCAUUUCUGAGGGCGGAGUGUUGCCCAACAUUCAUCAGGAUUUGUUACCUAAGAGAUCAGGGAAGGAUGGAAGUAAAGGUAGAGGAAAAAUCGCUCCUUCACAACCUGCUGAUGAAAAUGUAGGAACCGGGGAGGAGGCUGGUGAAGAGACUGGUGGCGGAUCCGAAUAG